AUGGGUUCCCCGAGUGGACCCCUCCGACCCCGAGCGUCGUCAAAUUUCAUGGGCAUCCGCGCAUCUGGGUUCCCGCCGUCCAUGACGCCGCAAGAAAAGCACCUCUUCUCAAACCACGUCAACACGGCCACGACACGCCUCUCGAGCACAAUGGCCGCCAGCGAGACGGGCGAGGGCUACGUGUUUGUCGUCUACUUCCACAAGACCACCGCCGCCGACGCUCUCGCCCUGCUCCAGGCAGCAGACAUCCGAGUCAGGGGCCACGAGAUCCAAUUUUCCUGGCACUGA